AUGGACCCAGAGUGCUCCCAACUCCUCCCGGCUCUCUGUUCCGUUCUGGCAGACCCCAGGCAGCCUGUGGCAGAUGACACCUGUUUGGAGAAGCUGCUGGACUGGUUUAAAACCAUCACUGAAGCCGGGUCCAGCCUGCUGUUGUUACAGGAGAACCCCUGCCUGCUGGGGCUGCUCUGCCACGUGCUGAAGCCCCAGGACCUGAGUCCCAGAGUCCUCGCCUUCUCCCUCCGCCUCGCGGGCAUGCUUGCAGCCCAGGAAGAUUGCUUCCAGUACCUUCAGCAGGGGGAGUUGCUGCCCAGGCUCUUUGGGGAGGCAGGACCCCUCGGAGGCGCCGCCUGGACCGCCCCCAGCGUGCGCAGCGGCUGGAUCCAGGGCCUGCGCUCCCUGGCAGCUGAACCCCGUUUUCUUCUCUUCCUGUCCCUGUCCCCAACCCCAGGUGCCGUUGACACCAUCUUCUCCCUGCAGGGAGAUUCCAGCCUGUUUGUGGCCUCGGCAGCUGGGCAGCUCCUGGUGCACAUCCUGGGCUUGUCUCUGCAAGGUGCAGCUGAGGGACACCCUGGCCUGCAGACUGGUGAUUGGCCAGUGUGUGCCCAGAAGAUAGUGAGUCACAUCGAGGAGUCCCUGCGCUCCGCAGCCACCCCGCAGAUCACACAGGCUCUAAACGUGCUGACCACCACUUUCGGGCACUGCCACGACCCUUGGACGCAAGUCCUGUGGGUGCGGCUGAGUCCCCUUGUGGCCUGUCUGCUCGAGAAAGACCCCGUCCCCGCUGCACACUCGCUCGUGGAUCUCCUCCUCAGCGUGGCCCGUUCUCCGGUGCUGAGUUCGUCCAGCUGUGGCCUGUGGGAGACUUUAGCACAGACUCUGAGCCAUCUGAGCCCCACCCAAGCAGGGCCGUUGGCUUUGGGGAUCCUGAAACUGCAGGAGUGUCCACAGGCGUUGAGGGCCCAGGCCUUUGCUGUCCUCCUCCAGCCCCUGACCUGUGUCCUUGAAGCCACCGCUCAGGCCCCCGGACUCCUAGACUCGUUGGACGGUACUGGGGGCGCUUCCGUGACGGUGGACACGCUCCUCCCCUCCAAGGCGGCCUGUGUGGGUCUCCUGUGCCGGACGCUCGCCCACCUGGAGCUGCUGCAGCCACUGCCCCAGCGCCCCUCACCCUGGCCUCAGGCGCCCCUGCUUGGCGCCACGGUGACGAUACUGCGGCUCUGCAGUGGUUCGGCGACCCCCACCUCUGACGCGGGAGGCCACCUCUGUGCGUUCCUGGUGGGCUGUGUGCGGGUCCAGCGAGCGGCCCUCGAUUUCCUGGGGACGCUGUCUCAGGGGACAGGUCCCCGAGAGCUGGUGACACAGGUGUUCGCUGUCCUUCUGGAAUAUCUCACAAGCCCAGACUCCAGCCCCACGGUUCUGAAGAAGGCCUUCCAGGCCACGUUCCGGUGGCUCCAGAGUUCACCUGAGACCCCUGGCUGCAGUGAUUUGGAUCCCCACACCCAGCUGUUCCUAAGAGAACUUCUCCCUGUGCUGCCUAAGCGCCUGUGCAGCCCCUGCUGGGAGGUGAGGGACUCUGGCCUCGAGUUCCUGACCCAGAUGAUCGGACACUGGGGAGGGCAGGCUGGCUUCAGACACGCACUCCUCGCUUCCGAGGUGCCCGAGCUCACCGAGCAGCUCCUGCGAGACCCUGAGAGUUACGUCCGUGCGAGCGCAGUGGCCGCCAUGGGACAGCUCUCCAGCCAGGGGCUGCGCGUCACCCCCGCCAGCCCCGAACACCCAGGGGGCCAGCAGAAGAGCCUGCUCGCGGAGCUCCUGCACAUCCUGUCCACAGACUCAGAGGGAUUCCCCCGGAGGGCUGUCAUGCACGUCUUCACCCAGUGGCUGAGGGACGGGCACGCCGACGUGGCAGGGGACACGGAACGGUUUGUGGCCAGGGUGCUCCAGGUGGCGAGCCAGGAUCUGGACUGGGAGGUCCGGGCUCAGGGCCUUGAGCUGGCACUGGUGUUCCUGGAGCAGACGCUGGGCCGACCCAGCUCCCACUGUCCCUAUGCCGUGACCCCGCCCGUGGCGGCCCCGCCGAGCCCACUGGCCCAGGCCCUGCGGCCACUCUGCCGAGUGCAGCUCUUCGAGUUUGCCUUUCGUGCCUUGUUUGACUGUGACCGACCCGUGGCUCAGAAGUCCUGUGACCUUCUCCUCUUCCUGAGGGCCCAGACUGCUUCCUACAGCGGCCCGCAGGGGUCUGGGAGUGUCCCUGAGGUGGCCUCUGUGGAGGCCGCCCUGCAGAGGUGGCAGGCAGGUGAUCAGGGCCAGCCGCUGGGGUACCUGGAGCCCGAGGUCGUGGUGGCUGUGCUGAGGUCUAUGGACCUGGAGGGCCUUCGGGGCGUGUUGGCCGAGAGCAGCGACCGCGUAGAAAAGAGCCCUCAGUCGCUCCUGCAGGACAUGCUGGCCACGGUGGGCGCUCUGGGGGAGGACGAGGCGGACUGCUACUGA